AUUACGGGCUCGUUCGUUAACUUAAGAAAAAAAAAAAAAAAAAAGGGAGAAGAAGAAAGACAAGGGAUUAGGGGCUCGUUCACGAAUCUGAAACCUCCAACGAUUCCCGCUCUUCCAAAAGUCCAGCUCUUUUAGUGUUACUCAUCGCCCUACUGUCCUACUCUCCUUUACCUCCCCAUUUGAGUUUUGUGAUCUGCAAUUUAGGGUUUCAGUUCAAAUUAGGGUUUUUAUUCACCAUGGAAGCUCAGAGACUUCAUGGAGCUCCGUCUGAGAGCGAAAGAGAUAGUCGUGGAUUAAGCUCUUCGGAUUCCUCUGGUUCCUCCUCUGAAGAAGAGACUGGUAGGCCAAGCCAAUCUAUGAAAGAAGCACAUGCCAGAUGGACAACAACCUAUGAUGUUGCACUUGCAAAUGCCUUGGUACAGCAAAUUCUCCAGGGCAAGACAACAAAAAAUGGUUUUAGCAAAAAAACUUGGUCUCUAAUACGAACAGGGUUCAACCGAAAGACAGGUUGCAAUUACACACACCGACAAAUUCGAAAUCGAAAGGGAGCUUUGAAAAUGCAAUAUAAAGUUGUCAAGCAGCUAUUAGGGCAUCCUGGAUUUAAAUGGGAUGAAACCCAACAUAUGGUUACAGCUGAGGAUGCUGUAUGGGAUGACUACCUGAAGGCAAACCCAGAUGCUGAGAAAUUCAGAAUGCUACGCUUUCCUGCAUAUGAUCAGUUCAGCAUCAUAUCUGGGGAUGUUGGUGCUAAGCUUAGAUUGGGCAAGUCAACUCAACAUCCAUCUUUGGAAGUCAGAACUCCUGAUGACACACAACAAUCUGCUCAAGAACAGGUUGAUACUGAUGAACCUGCACUUGCAAUGGUGGCAGUGCGGGACAAAGACUCUGCUUGUUUGGCUAGAGACCCAGACAGCGUUCAAAGAUGCAAUAAACGCCAGUUGAUGACACCAUCUGGUUCAGGCCAUCAGAGGAGAAGGGAAUCCAGCUCCAGUGAUUUAGCAGAAGCCUUUUUUGAGUUUGCUGAUGCUUUGAGAUGUAAGACGCAUGCUUCAGUCCCCACUGGUGAUCCAUAUGCCAUCGGCAAGUGCAUCAAAGAACUAGAGUCAAUCAAAGGUGUAACUGAUGAGGAUGUUUUUGGAGCAAUAGAUGUGUUUAGGGAUUCCCUCCUAAGAGAGGCAUUUAUGACAAUGCAACCACAGCGGCGCUUGAGAUGGAUAAGAACUCAGUUAAACAUGGCAUAAGAUUUUUUGAGUGCCUUUGCUGGUAGAUCUUUUGGCUUUUCACAACUCUAUGUCUGCUUUGUUGUUUCUUUCAUGCUUGCUCUCCUUGCUGCUGGAUCAUGUACAUCAUUUUUAGCUUAUGAUUUUAUCAGAUGUGCAUGUGACUUUUGAGCUAUGAUGCCUUGGUUAUGCACGUGGUCAUAUUUAGCAUAAGAGUUAUUUAGGAUGCAUUUAUUAAGCCAGUAAUGAGCUUGGUGUUGGACACUCACCUGGACUAAGCCAAGGGAUUCAGAAGAACUCUACUAUCAGAAUCAGCUCUGUUUUUCUAAGUUGAAUACUCAGUGGACUUAGCGAUUCCUCACUGACGUAAGGGGAGACACCGCAUAUUGACUAGUUCAUGCCUACAAAGCAAACACCAUUGGCAAUUCCUGAGCUUCUGUCAUUUUAUCUUUGGGGCUGACAUGGAUGUCUGUCAAGUGGUAUGUAAGAACUUAAAUUGGUUGCUAUAUGAAUUAUAUACAUUUUAGUUGGAA